AUGUCUUUUUUCGACCUUGAGAGUCAGAAUGCAUCUGCUUUGAGGGAACACCCCAAUGGUGGGACGGAUUCUGGCGAUUUAUCAAGUAGGCUAAUAAUGGAUCUGGCAAGACAGCUUAAACUAUUAAAACAGGAAAACAGUAAAAUGGGUACUAAAAAGGACUCUGUAGAGUUGCGAGAUAGUGUAGAAACUGGGCUUAUACCUAAUUGCAAUAGUUUAAGGGAUAAAAUUGAGGAGCAAAUCUGGGCAGCUCCUAAAGAUGUAACCGACGGUUCUAAGUUAUACAAUGAUUUCCAAAUGCUCAAAACUGAACUGCGCCAUUUAGAGCGAGAUUAUUCAGAUAAGAAAUUGAAGAAUUUUUUGAGGAAAUCCAGAAGUAACCCAAUUUCUCCAUCAAAGGCUGUACGAAGGGACCCCGAAUCUGGGUACGUUUCAAUACAAGUUAGUGAACAAACACCACUGCUACUCGGUGAGGAAAAGACAGAAAACCAACCUAUACAUCCUAAGCAACAACAGCAGUAUUCUCAGGUCCAGCAAGAUGCAAUAGACCAAGAUGAACUGGAUUUUACUACGAUUAUUCAACGAGAGAGAUCUCAACAAAUAAAUAAAAUACAUUCAGCUGUCCAGGAAGUGAAUGCGAUAUUUCAUCAACUAGGUUCUUUAGCCACUGAACAGGGUGAACAGGUGAAUACCAUCGAUGGUAAUAUUGGCCAAUUAUCCAGUAAUAUGCAAAAAGCAAAUGAGCAAUUGAAUAAAGCUGACGAACAUCAACGACAAAGAAAUAAAUGUGGCUUGAUAACUUUAAUAAUCAUGGUAGUGGUUGUAUUAAUUAUAAUUCUUGCCGUGCUGAGCUGA